AUCGUAGAGUUUUUUCUGCAUCUGCUGAGAGUAAGAAUGCACAAAUCAUCUCGUUUCCUCAUCCCAGGACGGGUGACCAAGCGAGAUGCAUGGUCUCGGCGGAUGGCAAGGAAGUUUUUGAGGUAGGGCAUCUGAACACAGCCAAUACCAAGAACAUGAAACGGUCCUGGCUGGUGGGUGACAGCGUUCAGAAAGACGGCUCCUACUAUGUGGUAGGUAGGAUAGACCCGAUUUUUCUGAUCCUGCCAGUACUACAGCAACACAGCACAAAGGUAAAUACCGGCUAUGUGAACCCCAAUUUCUCUCGCUUCAUCGUCUUCUAA